GUGCAUGAGAACCUGACCGAUUUUCGUGGCCCGUUUCGUGGCGCCAAAUAUAGUGAUAAACUACUCGAAUCAUGGCUUAUAGGCCUUUAAAAUGCCAUAUGUUUUGGACAUAUUACCCCUGGAUGUGUAGAGCAUGGGGUAUUCUCACUGCAACUGGUUUAUGGGGUAUAGGUGCCGAAACAUGUUACCAUCGAUAUCUCCUUGGAAUUUAUUUGUUAUUUGUUGCUGCCAUUAUGUCUUUUCUAGAAAUAGUCUUUGUAAUAAGUAUUUGUGUCGUCCUUUGUGUCAGCGAUGAAAGAAUAACUCUUAUAAGUUGCUGGAAAAGAGUUUUAUGGUUGGACGAUUAUAAAAAGGGAAUCUUCUACUUUCUUUUAUCGGGAGGAUGUUUUGUGCCACAAGUUAAAUUAUGGAUGCCUUUGAUAUCAGGAGUAAUGCUGGUUAUUAGUGGUGUAUUAUAUUGUAUAAAAACGUAUAAGACAAGACAAGACGAAAAAUUAAGGCAGUUAGCGGAUUCUAGGCAAACAUAUGACAAAUUUGAUGAUGUUACGCAAGACAUAGAAGACAAUUUUGCACGGGAACAUAACGUCCACCAACCGAUUCCUAUUCCUCAGGAGGACAUAGACAGUGAUUCAAGCAGUGAGGAGGGAGGUCUGGCUUCACAGGAUGAAAUCUUGGAGGUGUAGCAUAUAGAUCAGCCACAGAAUCUCAACUUACGAACUCUGUACAGCUUCCUUGAAGAAUAACAUUGUAUAGUUAGGGCUGCAGUUUGGCACGGCAUGGAUUGCAUCAUACAAGUUGUCUCAAAGGACAUUGUGACUGAGGCUGGCAGUGCCAUGUUGUGAUUUAUAUCUGUGGUCAUUUAUAUCAUGUAGACAGCUGCUUUUGUUUCAGAUCUGGUCUGGUUUUGGUCUUGGCACUCCAAGUUUUGCUUUCUGCAGAGAUUUGACAGAAAUGUUUUCACGUUAUACAAUGUUUAACAUGUAUCGCUUUUUUGUGAUUGAUGGGCGACAAUAUAAAGUUAGUUUUCACGGGAUCAAAAGUUUAAAUGGUUCCACCAUUCUUCUUCAGAUGUUCGACAACUGACCGCUAGGCGCUAGUUGUUGUAACGGUCAUUCCCGGGUACACACCUGACUCCAGCCAACUCUGUAUUGUUGUCCAAGUUUAAACUCUGAUUUGCAAGUUCCUCUCAAUCAGUACAGCUUUUUAGAUGCUUUAAAAGUAAACUGUCUUUAGUUUUGUGGUAAGUUCCAAAUCAGCUGUUUGGAUGGCUAUUUUUGUAUGCAGCUUUUUGUAUAAAGGAUUGUAAUUGCAUCUCAGUUACUAACUGCACUGCGUUGUUUGUUGAUUCUUGAAGCAGCUGGUGCCCCUAUAUCAAAAUGAUGGUUGUGGUCAAUUUUUAUACUGUAAAUACUUCUACAACUAGAGAUGUCAUAUUAUGUACACCUCAUGUUAUGGUUGUGAAGGAAAAUCUGUCUUCGUAUCAAUAUAUUGACUGCCUGUUUUGCUCUGACAGCUCCCUGUUGUAAAGUAGUCACAACAAUUUUGACAAUCAGGAUACACUAAGAUAAAGAUCAUUUAAAGGGAGACUAUGGGCAUGAAAGAAGUUACACGAAGUGGCCAAUAGGUGUCUCUACUAUCUUACAUGUGACGGUGCAUUAGUACAAAUUAUGCUUGUACAAGGAAUAUUGUAAUCACUAAGUUAAAGCCGAACUACAUGUAAGUUCUGGGAACUGUGUUUACCAGUCUCCUAAUUUGUCCCCCCGUUGCCUGUCCAUAGUCCCCCUUACCAACAUCAAGUCAACUAUUUGAUUCUCACCAGAAGGCAGCUUUAAGGUUACUUGUCUUGACUUGAACUUAUCUUGUUAUGUUGUUACAGUCUAAUGAUGUAUUCAUCUUUGUGCUAUACUCUCCUUGUGGUGUGACCAUGUGCUUUAUCAUAGUGGCGUAUCAUACACCUAUUGGGCAUCUGUACAAGUUGACCCAAUUUAGGUCAAUUGUGACCUAGUUUAUCAAGUUCACGGAGGUCAAACUCUAAAAGUGUCAUUGACAGUGCCACAGUUUGUCAUAUCUAAAAGUCAAUUUAACCUCCAUAUGUCAUUUCAUCUGCAACUAUAAAAUGAUUCCCAGGUGAGCACAAUACUGUUUUUCUUUGUAUCCUUAAGCAAGACACUUUGAAAUUCUACCUGAAAAUGAGGGAUAUCCUGAAAUAUUGAUUACUGCCUGUACAUGUAGCUUUGAAUUCCCUUCUUAUCACCAGGUGUCAUUAUUGUUAGGUUCCAUUAUUGCUACUCUGCCUGUUUCUACUAACUUAUCUAUUGUAAUUUAUAAAACUUUUUU